AUGAUCGACAACGCGCUAUAUGGGUUCACCCGGAUCCCGAAAUCUGAAGAUCACGGAAGUACUUUGGAUUGUUUGAGGGCGGGGAACCGGUGGAUCCAGGCAAUCCAUCGAUCAUAUAUCGACGACAUCCUGAUCCCAGCCAAUAACUGGGAUCAACUAUGUGCCAGAGUUGAGGGUUUACUUGAAGCGUGUGAUAAGUGGAAUCUGUCGAUCAGUGUGGUUAAGCGUUUCUGGGGAAUGCCUAAGGUGGAAUAUCUGAGACAUAAGGUCUCCCACCAUGGACUGGAGGUGAACCCGAAGGUUCUGUCGGCGUUGACAGAUCUAGCAUUCCCUGGAAUACUCCGAGCCAUGCAGUCAUUUUCGGGAAGUCUGAACUAUUACAGCCGGCUCAUUGAAGACUAUGCGAUUUAUGCGUCAGUUCUGUAUGAAUUGCGAGAAAUCGACUUUGCUGCGAUGAUAAAGGAGGCUACCCAAGCGCAGAUCCAACAAGUGUUGGAAGCGGAGAACGUGGAUCAAGGAUCGCAGGAAGAUCAGGUGGCCGACCACCGAAAGACUUUGGAUCUGGAGGCGCCAGAUCCUACUAAGGUGGAUCCGAGUUGGGCCCAUCCCCAUCCGUCCUUCAGUGUGCUUAAGGCCAAGAUCGCUAUAACUCCGGUCUUACGGCACUUUGAUCCAGAUCGGAGAGCCAUGGUCGUCGUGUAUGCUAGCGAUUGGGCCAUUUCGGGACCAUUGAUGCAGGGAUACGAUCAGAUCUACUACCCCGUGAUGUUUGCGAGCCGUACCCUGAUGUCGGAUGAGCUGAAUUAUGGCAUCGCGGAGAAGAAGGUAUUAGCUCUUCUGAGGAUUUUGGAUCUUAACUACAAUGCACUAGUCGGACGUCCGAUCCACGUGUUGAUCCGACACUCUACUUUGGCGUGGCUCUUCAGAUCCACAGCCCUACAAGGACGUCUAGGACAGUGGACUCUUGAGAUCACCAAGUGUGUCAAAGGAGAGGACGAGAUCUUAGGAACAUUGGCGGCCAGUAUUACCCCUAGAUCCAAAGUGGAUAAGGCAUUGAUCUCUACUGGCCCAAAAAAGGAGCCAAGACACAAGAUCCAGGCUCCGAUCCCCACCACUGGACGCGAUGAGGAUCUAUACGUCGUUAGUUUCGAUGGAUCUGCUCGUGCCAAGAGAGGUGGAAGCGCCUACAGCGCGAUAUUGUGGAAGCUACCAGAGUGGAGAGUGUUGUAG